AUGAGCGACCAAGAAUGGAAUCCUGGAAUUAUGAGCAAGCAAGGAGUGACAUCACUGGCUUCUAGUGUCUCCGAUUUGUCUCAAUUGACCAAGCUAUUUCCGUCGUUUUCUAUAAUCUGUGAGCCCACAGUUACCGUGCCAACUAGUCAGAACUAUGUCGUGGUUGUCCCAUCAGUCACAAAAGUUGUGCCAUUACGACCUGAUUUUUUUGACUCUUCAUAUUCUCAUUCUGGCAAUGAAUCGUUGCAAAAUGACUCCAAGGAAAAGUCCGCUUAUGUCGCCCUGGAAGCUACCACCAAAGAGAUCUACGAUGCGUAUAUCGCAAAAGUGCAGUCUGAUAGAAAGAGAACUAUUACCGAACGAGUCAUCACACCACCCCCUCCAUCGUCACCAGCAGCUGCUCAAUAUGCAUCAUCACCGUCGUCAAAACAACUACGACAACAAUAUAUGCCACUCACAUUGGACGCUGACUAUUCCAAUAGCCCUACCGUAAAACGAAGUCGAGCUGAUGAAGUGUUGCGUGACACCUCGAAGCUAAAGAGAAGGCGAACUCUUGAUGCAGAUUCCAAGUCAUGGCAGUCUUCUCUUAAAAAGUGCGCAACGAUCAUCCCUGAAUUGCUCAGGGAAUAUGAAUCCAAAUCAGACGCUUCUGAAGUGUUUGAGGACUCCCUAUUAAGCAAGACGGUUCUAUCAAAGCUCUGUAGAGCUAUGACUCGAGUCAUUGAUGCCAGUAAACUGGCUAAGCUGGUCGACACAUUGGACGAAAACUCGAUUGAAGUACUGGUCCAAAUUCUAGCAGCCAGAAUUCGAGAUGCAGAACAUAUUGAUGUCGGGAUAAAAACGAUUGCCAAGCAAAGCUCUGAAAAAUCCUCUGAAUCUGAGGACAAUUCAGACAUUAUGGACGCCGCUACCAAGAAAUUGCAUCGUGCUGCUGCAGGCUUAGAGGCUGGCUGCUUGUAUUUGUCAAUAUUAUGUGGUGGAAAGGUGGAAAGCGAAGGAAUUAUACCCAAUUCGUUGUAUUCAGAGGACCUGAUUCGUGCUGUCGUAAAUAUGGCCAAGAAUCAAAUUGCAGAUACUCUAUAUGCUGUCAUUGAGUUGGUUUCUCGAAAAGCCCUACCCUUGACUGCAAGCUUCGAGACCAAAAUGGCUGGAAUCUGCACCUGUUGUGCCGAGGUUUUAGGUCGUUUCGCUAAUCUGCUGGUUAAUCUUAAGUUGGACGAUAUAGUAAUCGGCUCAGCAAUUGCCGCAGCCCAUUCAACUUUUAUGCUUGACGGUGUCGAUGAUGUUGACGAGAAUGUUACAUCCUUCGUCGCAUCUCUAAAUUUAGAUUCCCUGCAAAUGAUGGCAUUAAAGCUCUUGAAAGCCAUAUACGCAGAUUUCCCUUCACAUAGACGUGAUAUCCUUGAAAAUGUUACUACAAGCUUCACUCAACAAACCUCAAAUCCAAAAGCUCCACGUCGAUAUCGCCUCAGUAAUGGUAAAAAGAUUCACGUAAUUUCUGCACUUGUACUGCAACUUGUGCAGUCCUAUGCUUCAUCUGCAAAAGCUAUUGCCAGCUUGCAAGAAGUCGUUGGGAUCAAAUCUAGCAACGCUUUACAGCAUGUCACGAACGAUGCCGAAAUUGAAAUGGACCUUGAUGUACCAGUGUCGCCGCUAAAAGCCCUGCUUCAAUCGCCUCAGAAGGCAACAGGAUUUUCUAGCAAGUCUAGAAAGUCUGGCUCAUUGAUUCCCGACGCAGACCUAGUCGAAUCUUCCGUAUGUGUCAAAGUUGCUAAGGUAGCUCGAAAGCUGUUCAUCAUCCCAGCCAAUACAGCUGCUCGAACUAUAUUGCACUUCUUCGUCACCAAAUGUAGCUCAUCUGCUUUGGAGACGGACAAAGACAAGAUUGAAAAGACAAAACGCACCAAAGAGGCUCUCACAACAGAAAAAGAGUAUUCAGCGGUCUUUGAUGUAUUUCUACAAGAUGUAUGGACGACUCUAGAGACAGCAGAAUGGCCAGGUGCAACAAUUCAAAUAUUGGACAAAAAGCAGUCCUCAGCUGCAGACCAGUCACAUGCACUCGACAAGUUGGCUCAUCUCGCUUGUCGUCUCGGUAGUCUCAUCUCAAAGCAAACUGAGAGUCAAACUGAUACUCAAUUACUGGAUCAUCAAAAACAGAUCAUUGCUUACUUGCAUGAUCAGCAAAAUGAUGACUACUCAGUGGCCGCUCAAUCUUGGAUGGUAACAUGGAUGUCCUCACUUCCAUAUAUAGUCAAAAACGGCACUUGCGAUGUCGCAACCGCAGACGAUUUGUGUUUGAGCUACUGCCAUCUACUUACAUCUCCCUCGAUGGAAUCAAAAGAGUCGUAUGAUAAAAUAUCUGCAUCAGACGUCGCCUUGUUGCUUCAAGAUGCGCUAGUCUCCAUGCCGCCAUACUCUUCAUACGAGAUAUAUGUCAAACGAAUACUUUCGUGUCUUGACUCGGAUCUGGCUGGUGUAAAAGCCAAGGCCCUCCGUGCUUUGGGACUCGUCGCUGCCUCAGAUCGUCGUAUACUUACCAAUCCCAAUGUCACCAACGCAAUGCAAGCAAAACUGACAGACCCGAGCCCAGCGGUCCGUGAUGCAGCUUUGGAAUUUCUCGGAAAACAAAUAUGCAGUUCAAGCGAUAUAACGGUCUUGCGCCAUUAUUAUCCAAUUGUCCAAGCUCGGAUGCUGGACGUGGCACUCGUAGUCAGAAAGAGAAUGCUGAAACUUGCUAGAGAUAUGUUUAACCAGUUGCUUCAACUUGAAGUUAGGACUGAUCUCGAUCAAGAGAUCCUAGUUGGCAUUGGAAUGCACUUGUUGACUCGUCUUGACGAUUCCGAAGAAAGUGUACAGGAGGCUUCAGUCAAAACGCUUCUGGAAAUGUGGCUGAACCCGCUCCACAACACCAAGACAUAUUCGGCCGUCUCGUUACCCAUACGAAAAGAAAUCUCUGAUCGUAUCAUGUUGAUUAGACAAACAGUCGUUCUCACUCGUCAUACCGAGUCUGCUUUCAGUGAAUUGCUGAAGCAACUCUUUAAUAAAAAAAAAUCAACGAGCAAAUCUGUUCAGCAACUAGAUGGUGCCCUCAAGAUGUUGAAUGAGUGUCUAUUUGAGAAAUUGAUGACGGAAAUGGUAAAUGCUGACUACGAUUCAUCACGAAAAUCGUUGGUGUUAUUGUCAAGUGUCUCGCAAUAUAGCUCUGCCGGUCUGAUCACUCAGGCCGGAGCGCUCUCAUCAUACUUGAGCGGAGAGUCUGCAAAAGCAGACCAACGAAUUCCCACCUUGAUCCUGUCAGUGUUGGCCAAUGUCUCUCCGUAUCUCGUUGACCCAGAUGCCAAAUCUAUGACGCUAUUGGAAGUCGAGCUCACCAGUCUUUUAUCAAAAAGCAAUAGUCAAGCGAUCGUGGAAGGUGCCGCUCGAUGUUUGUCUAUUCUGGUCCAAAGAAUUACAUCUAAUUAUGACAGGCUGGUUUUUCCCUUGGCAAGAACUAUUGAAAUGAUGCAGGAUGUUCUUGGGAAGCUAUCAAAGCAAUUACCUGCCAGAGCUGAUCCACUUAGCAUAACCCAAAUAAGAAGAGCAGCCAUGGGAUAUGAUACUGUGACGAAAGCUGUAUAUGUGCCGUUGCUAAAACUGGCUGUUUCGGGCAUCCCUGAAUUAGAUAGAGCUGGCUUCGUUGCUCUUUCUCGCCUAUUUAUCGUCAAACCCCGCUUGAUGCAAGCUGAGCAGUCUCGUAAUCUGAUUGACGUCACGUUUGCCAGCAAGGAUCCUGGAAUAAAGAUUCAGUUACUUCGCUUCUUGUUGGAGUUUCUGCAAAUUGAAGCUGAACGCUUCCAAGCUCCAACUGAGAAUAUCAACAAUAAAGGGGGUGAAGUUAGUCAAGGCGGGAUGGUCAGUGCUUUGAUUGGAAAUCACGACGAGAUGACAGAUUAUGGAGUCUCAUCGUGGUUGAUGCAAACAUAUGCAGAGAAUGUCAUAACUUGUCUGCUGGAUGGAGGCGAGACCUUACUGGUGCCGGCCUUCGAAGUCAUUGCUAUUACUGUGAAACAAGGUCUCGUCCAUCCUCUUUUCUGUGUCCCUGCACUUGCAGCGAUGCAAUCUUGUAAAGAAUCCGAUAUAAGAGAUCGAGCUCAUGUCUUGCACAAGGAGUUGGCUGUAAAGCACUCUAGUAUGAUGGGAGCCAAAAACCUUGACUGUGUCAAGACGGUCUUUGAUUAUCAAACCAAAGCUGGUCCUAGUGACUCAGUUCCUCUGGCAAUGUUUUAUACUGUCAUUCAGUCACUCAAAAAGUCAGUCAGAAACGACUUUCUCAAGGCGUUGGUUGCGGUGUUUGAUUCCAAGACUGAUGUCGAGGUCUCGAUACCCUUCUUCCGUUUUGUUGCUGAGAAUCUUGCUAGUCUACCAUUUAAGACUAUGGAGGAAGUAGUAUUCGUAGUGACAUAUGCCAAUCGACUACUAGGAAUAACUGCAGAGUCAGAUCUGAAGUGGAUUGAAAGCCAUGUUUCUGGUGAGGAACAAUCGGAAUUGCAAGUUCAAAGACAGGAUCGCCUUACCGAAGUAGCUACGUCGUCAUUGAGCAUGGGUAUGCUUCUCUUGGCCAAGAUCCAUUUGGAGACUGCUUAUCGUGUCACUCACGCUACUAGUGUCAAAGAUGGUCCGCGAAAUUCUGAGCAUCCUCUCACUACUCUAGCGAUGACGCCCUUCAACUGGAAUCGCCUCAAGUAUGCCUGCCAACCAAUGACGAAUGCUGCUGAGAUGCAGGAGCACUGUCUUCAGUUCCAGUCAUUGAUGACUGAAGACCACAUGCCAUCGGAUGAAGUUAGCCAAGAAGUCGGAAUGGACGUUGAUUUGCCAGCUGAGCCCCUUGAUGUUCCAGAUGAACCUCAGCCUCCUCCUGGCAAGAAGCGAAAACGCGUUUCCUUGGAACCUAAACAGACUCGGCGUCCACCAGUCUCCAAGUCUCGCAAGUCUAUGCCUGCCAGUCCAGUAGCUUCAAAGCCAAAGAAGAAACGUAAGAGCAAAGCAGCCGAGUCUGAUUUUGAAUCCGAUGAAGAAGACGAGAACUAUACCCAAUAA